AUGGAUACUUUCAAUGAAAACAUAAAGGUUAUCAGCGAUCUUGUAAAGAAAUAUAAAAAUGACUCAUCUUUGUAUUCGCACUCCGCCAGUCAGCUGAAUGAAAUUCUAAAGUCAGACUAUAUAUCUAUUGAAGGAACAUUAGCGCAUCUUCGGAUGGUUGUUAGCUCUCUUGAAGCCAAAUUAGAUAAUCUUCUUUUUGUGAAUGAUGAAUUAAAACGCGAAUGUGAAAAAUUGUCAAAAGAUAUUAAACUACGUGCUGAACAACGUAAAGCAGACUUAGUGAAGAGAGAAGCUACCUUAAGGGAACACAAUUCUAGGAUAAAAUUUGCAAAAGGGAAACUAUCCAUCUACGAAAAAUUCGUGAAGGCAAAAUUUAUCAAUAAUGAAAAUUCACUUACUGCCUUUAUCUUCAAUCCAGAUCGCGUUGUGCAAAUUAACCUCCCGAUUACAUUACUAGAAAAUAAAACAUCAAUUAGUGAUGACCUUUGUCAGCCGGUUGAUGAAGGAAAUCUUCUGAACGGUGGAGCUACAGAUUUCAAAUUAACUGGUGAUGUGAUUGCAGAAAUGAACAAGCUGUGGCAACAAAUGGAAGUUUCUGAGAAGUGGAAAUCCUUCAUUAUGCCUAUUGCAGAAUCCACAACAUCUGAAUCAUCAAAUGACAUAACGGUACAUGAUAGGAAAAUCUUAAGUGCUAGAGAAAAUUUGGAAAAAUAAUACAAAGUACAUUUGCUGUAUGAUCUCUUUUAACUUCUGAUUUAUCACAAUAAUUCAGAAUUAUUUUACUAUCAUUAUAUGUUUUUUUUUUGUAAAAUAAUACCUUCCAAAGCAG